AGGGCUGAAAUUUUGGAGCAGUUGAAGUCUCUAUACAACGCUGAAAGCUCAUCAAUUACUGUUAAGCAACUUGUCGAUAUGUAUGAGGGCGACGAAACGGCACUCGCUAUUGUGUAUGACUAUGUUGCCGACCAGUGGCUCCCACUUGAGGCUGAAAUUCUGGAGGAUGCGAAGGCUGUCUUCGAGGGAGGCUUUAAAAAAGAUGCUUUUUUGGCAGUCACUAAGAAAUAUGAGAACGAUGAAUUUGCAAUGAGCGUGUUGCGUCGCUAUGCUGGAAAGAGGAUUUCCGAUGCAUACUCGAAGGCCAAUGCAAGAAAUUGA